CGGCGUUGUUAAUGUUUGUUGGCGCAGGUCACUGAUUUUGUGUUUGUAAAUGAAAGAAAGCAUUGUGUGUUUGUGUAGAUAAAUUGUAAAAAAGGAAAUUUUCUACAGCAAAAUUUCACGAUUAAACAAAUUUUAUAGAAAUUUGUAAAAUCCAAAUAGUUAAAUCAAUUUAAAAGCAACAAAAAUAUAAAACAAAACAUGAAUCGUAGACGUCAUCAUGAUGGAGAUGAAGAUGGUUACGAACACCGUAACCGCAAACGUAGGAGGGUAUCGGAAAAUCAAGAGAUCGAAGAUCGUUUAGAGUCUUUGAUAUUGCGUGUAGGUGAGCGCAGCACCUCAUCGGUGGAAUCAAACUUGGAGGGUUUGGUAUCGGUUUUGGAGGCUGAUUUGGGCACAUUCCGUUUGAAAAUUUUACGCAUUCUAUCGGAUUGUGCUGUUAAAAUGCCGGAGAAAUGUACAAUUUACACGACCUUGGUGGGUCUGCUGAAUGCCAAAAACUAUAAAUUUGGUGGUGAAUUUGUUGAUCACAUGGUUAAGACUUUUAAGGAAAGUCUAAAAAUCUGUCGUUGGGAUGCCGCUCGUUAUUCUUUACGUUUUUUGGCCGAUUUGGUUAAUUGUCAUGUAAUUUCGGCUUCAUCUUUGCUGCAAUUAAUGGAUACCAUGAUUGAUGUUUCCAAUGAGGAUACUGUACCGCAAGUACGUCGUGAUUGGUAUGUUUUUGCUGUACUCUCUACAUUACCCUGGGUGGGUAGAGAUUUGUAUGAAAAGAAGGAAUCUUCUUUGGAGUCAUUACUUUUACGCAUAGAAGUUUAUUUGAAUAAACGCUCGAAAAAACAUCACAACGCUUUGCGUGUGUGGUCAGUAGAUGCUCCUCAUCCCCAGGAGGAAUACCUCGAUUGUUUGUGGGCCCAAAUUCGCAAGCUAAGACAAGACAAUUGGGCAGAAAAACAUAUUCCUCGACCCUAUUUGGCUUUUGAUUCGAUUUUAUGUGAGGCAUUGCAGCACAAUUUACCCCAAAUUAUACCACCUCCUCAUCAUGAGUCUUACGUCUACCCCAUGCCUUGGGUAGUCUAUCGUAUGUUUGAUUAUACCGAUUGUCCCGAUGGACCCAAUCUACCGGGCGCCCACUCCAUAGAACGUUUCUUAAUUGAAGAACAUCUUCAUCAUAUUAUUGAAAUGCAUCAUGGUGAACGUAAAGACUGUGCUGCCCAACUAUUAGCGUUCCCUUACAAAAAUAAGAUUCCUCUCGAAUACUGCAUUGUUGAAGUUAUAUUUGCUGAGCUGUUCCAUAUGCCUACACCACGUUAUAUAGAUAUUGUCUAUGGCUCUAUAUUGAUUGAAUUGUGUAAAUUGCAUCCUGCUACUUUGCCGCAAGUUUUAGCUCAAGCUACUGAAAUUCUUUUUAUGCGUAUUGAUUCUAUGAAUACUUCUUGCUUCGACCGUUUUGUCAAUUGGUUUUCAUACCAUUUGAGUAAUUUCAAAUUCACCUGGUCUUGGGAGGAAUGGGACAGUUGUUUGUUAUUGGAUAUGGAACAUCCUAGACCGAAAUUUAUACAGGAAGUUUUACAGAAAUGUUUAAGAUUAUCUUAUCACCAACGUAUUGUUGAAAUGAUGCCAGAAGCAUAUGCAAAAUUAUUGCCUGUAUCACCACAACCAAGUUAUAAAUACGCCUCUGAAGAAGCUGCUUCAUUGGCCGGUACCCAAGUAGCCCAUCAAUUGGUAGUGGCUAUACGCCAGAAAUGUACACCAGAAGAGGUGAUUAAUAUAUUAAAAGAAUUGCCAAAUUCAGGUGAAAAUGCUGAUCAGGAAAUGUCUGAAACCUCAUUUAAUCCAUUGAAAAUUGAUGUAUUCGUACAAACUCUAUUGAAUUUGGGCUCAAAAUCAUUUUCGCAUAGUUUUGCUGCAAUAUCUAAAUUUCAUUUAGUUUUUAAGGCCUUGGCUGAGUCCGAAGAAGCCCAAAUCUGUAUUUUACACAAUGUCUUUGAAUUGUGGCAAAAUCAUCAGCAAAUGAUGGUGGUUAUCAUUGAUAAAUUACUUAAGACACAAAUUGUUGAUUGCUCGGCGGUGGCAACUUGGAUAUUUUCCAAAGAAAUGACUGGAGAAUUUACGAAAAUGUAUCUGUGGGAGAUAUUACAUUUGACCAUUAAGAAAAUGAAUAAACAUGUUAUUAAAUUAAAUAAUGAAUUAACUGACGCCAAGGAUAAAUUAGCUAAAGCCGAUUCAUCAUCAAGUGAUUCGGAAGAUGAAGCUGCACCUAAACGCAAGAAGCCUGUCGUUGUUGUAGACAAACCCACUGAAGAGAUGGUUGAGCGGAUGGAAGAAAAACUCGAAGCUGCCAAUGUGGAUCAAAAACGUCUAUUCUUAAUUGUAUUCCAGAGAUUUAUUAUGAUUUUGUCUGAACAUUUAGUACGUUCCGAUACGGAUGGACGUGAUCCCGAUACAGAUUGGUAUCGUUGGACUAUUGGACGUUUACAACAAGUCUUUCUUAUGCAUCAUGAACAAGUCCAAAAAUACAGCAGCACUUUGGAGACAUUACUUUUCACUUCAGAUUUGGAUUCUCAUAUUCUAGAAGUUUUCCAUCAAUUUGUAGCUUUGAGAGCUUAAA